UGAUGACUAACCUGUAAAGUGAGCUGAUGAAGACCUCCCAACAACAGGCCACUGAACCAGACUCAUCCAUUUUCUCAAAUUUGCAGUGUGCUGGCAAAGACAGAUACAUGCCUUCCAUUGUCCACCAUGUCUCCUUUAGGUGUGGCCUACUCAAUCUCCAACUCAUCCUUUGUCUUCUUCCCAGAUAUUUGAGAAGUUAUCAGCGUUCCAAUCCUUAGAACAGAGGCCAGCAGUGCCUUCGGCUGAUAUAAGCCUGCCUUCUUCGUCCAUCUCUCCCAAGAUCUGACUCUGUUUAUUGACUUAGAGUCAUUCUCUGCAAAUUUAUUGAUGGAGAAUCCGAAGGUCGGAUUUUUUUUUGUUCCUUGAUCAAAAAGGAAGCUUUUUUAGAGGUAAAAAUGGAGUUUUGGACCUCCCUGGCGUCGUUCAUGGGGGUGUUCGCCUUCUGCCAGAGCAUGCUCCAUGCGGUGCUGCCGCCGGAGAUACGCUUCGCGGCGGCGACUGUCUUGCACCGGCUCUUCCUUUGCUUUUCCACCUAUUGUUACUAUGAUAUCACUGAGACCGACGGCGUGAGCACCAACGAGCUCUACCACUCGGUGCAGCUCUACCUGAGCCGGUCCGCGUCCGUCGCCGCCACGCGCCUCAGCCUCUCCCGCGGCCUCAACUCCUCCGCCUUCACCUUCGGGUUGAGUAGCCACGACCGGCUGGUGGACACCUUCCGCGGCGCCACCGCCACGUGGGAGCACGUCGUGACGCAGCGGCAGGCGCAGACGUUCUCGUGGCGGCCGCUGCCGGAGGAGAAGCGCAGCUUCACGCUCCGCAUCAAGAAGAAGGACAAGCCCCUGUUCGUGCCGGCAUACCUCGACCACAUCAUGGACACCGCCACCGAGCUCCGACGCCGGAGCCAGGAACGCCUCCUUUACACGAACUCCCGCGGCAGCAGUGGGGGCAUUGAGUCCCGCGGAUUUCCGUGGGAGUCUGUUCCCUUCAAGCACCCCAGCACCUUCGAAACCCUCGCCAUGGAUCCGGAGCGGAAAGAGCUGAUCAUGGCCGACCUCAGGGAUUUCACCGAGGGCAAGGCCUUCUACGAGAAGACCGGCCGCGCGUGGAAACGCGGCUACCUGCUCUACGGCCCGCCGGGCACGGGCAAGUCGAGCAUGAUCGCCGCCAUGGCCAAUUUCCUCGGAUACGACGUCUACGACCUGGAGCUCACCGAGGUCAGCACCAAUUCGGAGCUCCGCAAGCUCCUGAUGAAGACCACUUCAAAAUCCAUCAUCGUCAUCGAGGACAUCGAUUGCUCGAUAAACCUCACCAAUCGAGGCCCCAAAAAGCCGCCGAUCGAUUCGCCGUCGCCGUCGCCGGAGGACUCCAAUGCUGCCUCCCCCAAGACGAUAACUUUAUCCGGCCUCCUCAAUUUCACCGACGGAUUGUGGUCCUGCUGCGGAAGCGAACGCAUUUUCGUGUUCACCACCAACCACGUCGAGAAACUCGACUCAGCGUUGCUCCGAUCGGGCAGAAUGGACAUGCACAUACUGAUGGGCUACUGCUCGUUCCCGGCGCUCAAGAUCCUGAUGAAGAACUACCUAGGGAUAGACGACGGCGACCUCGACGAAAAAUCCGACCUUGUGACCGGAUUGGAGGCGGCCAUCGACGAGGCCGAGAUAACUCCGGCGGACGUCAGCGAGAUCCUGAUUAAGAACCGGCGGCGGGAUAAGCGCGCGGCGUCGGCUGAACUGCUGGAGACUCUCAAGGCCCGGUGGGAGAAGAGGAGGAAGGAAGGAGGGAAGAAGAGUUCCGGCGACGGAAUGGAAGUGGAGGAGGAGGAGGAGGAGAAGAGGGCAUUGGACAGCCCCAAGGAGAGCGGUCAAGCGAUGGAGGGUAGAAAUGGCAAAGACGAAGGAGCAUUGUGAUUAGAAACCACGCCCGCCAUGUGUUCGCUGAAAUGCCUCUGCCAAUGUGAUUGUUGAAUAAAUAGUGGGUGUCUAGCUUUUGCCAUAUUACCCAUUCCAUUUUGAACUCCAUUGAAUCGUUUGGGUUGUUGAUAGAUUUUGCAUGUUUUGAAGAAGAAUAUAAGGUUGAUAUGUACUUUUCGAUUGCAUCAAAAACUUUGUAGAUGUCUUUGUUA